AUGGAUGCCUCCAAGACAUCUGAGAAAGACGGCGCCGUCGCUCAGCCUGGUGCUGACAUCGAACUCAUCAGCAACCGACUGGAAGCUGUGAAGAUCGACAACAAGGACGAAGAGGAGAACGAGAUUCUCAGCGGCUUGACGCCCGAGCAGCGCGCAGCCGUGGAGGAGUUGCAGGCGAUUCAGGAGAAGCACGACGACCUCGAACGCGCCUACGACCGAGAGCUUGUCGCCCUCAAGAUGAAGUACGAGAAACUCUACGCUCCUCUCUAUGCUCAACGAAAAGAGCGAUUGUUGAAGAGUGACCCAGCAAACCCUGCAGCGCAGAGCGGAACCCCGGCAGUGCCGUCGUUUUGGAUGAAUUGUUUGAAGCAAAACUCGACGUUGGCGGAGCUGGUCGAGGAGCAUGACGAGCCCAUUUUGCAGUUUUUGGAGAACAUUUCUUGCGAGUAUUUCACGGCUGAGGAACAGGCGGAACUCGAGAAGAAGGCCGGGAAAGAGGCGGAGGAUGCCGCCGAAGCUGCAACUCCCGAGAGUUUCCGGCUAGUCUUCGAGUUCUCGCCGAACGACUUCUUCACUCCCAACCGGUUGGUCAAGGAGUACCAUUUAACUUCUGCCUCCGCACGGCACGGGGCGGAGCUCACGAGCACCAAGAGCACCGCCAUCGAGUGGAAGGAGGGGAAAGAUGUGACAAAGAAGGUUCUGACGCGCAAACAGAGAAACAAAAAGACGCGGCAAACCCGCACCGUCGAAGAAGUCGUCGAUAACGAGAGCUUCUUCAACUUUUUCACUGACCACGAAAUCCCCAGUGAAGAGAAAAUCGAAACCAUGUCGGACAAACAGAUCGGAGAGUUGCAGAUGAUUGUCGAGGCCGACUAUGACAUCGGCGUGACCAUCCGAGAUAAAAUCAUCCCCCAGGCCGUCGAGUGGUUCCUUGGAGAGGCUGACGAUGACGAACAGUUCGACGAUGACUUCGAAGACGACGAAGAUGACGAUGAUGAGAUGUUGUCUGACGAGGACGACGACUCUGAUGAGGACGAGCAGCCACGCCGAGGAGGCGCAGGGGUUCGGGGACACCCUCGCGGAAAAGGUGGGAAGCGUCUUUGCUUCCUCGCGGAGCGAGAACAAUUUUCUCGUUUGGGAUUUUCUCCAUGCAGGCCACCACUUCGGGUGAAAAUCCUGAAUAGCUGUGCAACCGGGAUUCGAUUCGCGGGCUCGGCCCCGAGUGACACUGUAGCAGACCGCGAAAGCCUGUCGUUUACGGUAGAACUGUGCGAAGGUUGCGCGACCCGCGACAGCACAGCGUCGCAGCCCCUUCCAAGAGAAAACCUCAGACGAGAACCCUUGAGUGGCGAGGCGUUUUGGUAA